AUGAUGAACAUUUGGUUUGGUGAUCCAGAAGUAUAUUUCAACGGCUUAAGGAAUAGCGAGGAUGCAUCGUCGAAGAUUCUCGGCGUCAGACGGAUGGAGCACAGCGAUCUGUCGAUCCUCGAACGACUGAUACACCCCGAUACGUACACCAUGUUUGGCGACGUGAACCUCGGACGAAUCUUGUGCCGUUUUUAUUCGAUCCAAUUAACCGAACGAUUCCGGAACGGCGUGCAUUCUUUAAACAUGGGACGCCCGUUUUCAGGGAAACGCGCAAUUUAUAUUUCUAUGUCUAUGCGUGCAUUCGACAGGUUUCGAAAUAAGAUCACAGGGAACGUUGCGAUUUCCAGCGAGGCGAGCUGUCUGUCGGUGGUCCAAUGGAACGAGAGACGCGAUGUCAUCGCAGGCAUAUGCCUGUGCAAUUAUCCAAACGUGCCGUCGGUCCCGCCGGAGGACUGGCCGUACUGGCUGGACACGCUAUACGGGCUCAAAAAUGUGACGACAAGGAACGCUCUGUUCGUGCACUUCCUCGUGUGGGACAGUCGAUACAUGGGUCGUUUCUUCGAGGACCUUCUGACCGGACUGUUCGACAUCGCCUCGUAUCUGUCUCACGUGAUCCUCGUGCUUCCACCUCGGGUUAUUCUAGCGAACGUGUUCGAGAAACAGAUGAUCAGGGUCCCGUCCAAGUGUCACGGGAACACAGAUUCCGUACAAUGCGUCUACAGGACAAUUGAAAUUUUGAAACAUUCGAGGUUGAAGAUUCGACGCGUCGUAGAGGAGGACAACGACAUCGUGGUACCGUUGAUCGAUGCCGAAUCGAGUCUCCUGAAGGAGUACUACGGGGAGUAUUACGUCAGCGAGAUAGUUCGUUAUCCGAACGACUACCGCCAGCUGAUCGUGUCCGAGGACGCCGAAGGCCUACCCUCUGGCGUGAUGUUUCUUAACAGGCGAAUAGACGUGGACGUGCUCAACGAGAAUUUCGAGCUUGGCCCGUACAAUGGCCUUAGGAAGCCACACGAGAACGAUCUGUUCCCUCCAGAGAGCAUGGAACCGCCGAGCGAGACUUUCUUUGCGAGUUUCUCGGGAAAGCCUCAAGAGGAAAUGGACGGAGGAGUCCCGAUUAUAAUACCCUCGGAUCAGACACUGGAAGGUUGGGAGAGACCGAUCGAGGAAGGCAGCUUCGUCAGUUUAGCCGAUCAGAAAACGAACCAGAAGAACCGGAAACGAUCAACGUUGUUUGUGGACGAUGCACGAACGGCCAGUGACGAUUACAAUAAGUAUUUUCUAUCGAGGAUUCUACUGCAUGGUUUCGAGGACAUCGCUGACGAUUUUCUGCGGAACAUCGAUGCUCCGUCACCGGUGGAAAGUAAAACAAAACCGGAAGAACAGACGGGACUUCCCACGCGACCUGUUUAUUGUGGCGAACCGAACGCGUUCGUCGUGGAGAUUUUCACAGUGCAGGAACGAAUCAAGUACCGUUCCGGUAGAAACUUCCUCGAGGCUGCGUUCGAGUGUUUCCCCGACUUGGAAUACUGCGCGAUUCUUCUGCCGUUCUCCCAUCCGCCGCUUCCUCUUCUCGAGAGUUUCGUGCGGGUACCAGCUAGAUCCAACAGGGACUAUCCAAUGAUCCUGCACGUGACCCAUCGUGCUGCUCUUCUGGGCGAGAUAGAGACCCGCGCAGGUGAUCCUUGCGAUUUGGAAGCUGUACAAGAAUUGUUAGGCAGUAUUCCAAAGGCGGACAGCAUUCUCGCGGAUUUCGACGUAGCUACGAGGAAAGAACAAUCAGACUUGCACAGUUACGUGUUCACGUGGAACAAUAAAGUCGUCGGCGUAAUGAUCCUUUGUGUCGAGAAAGAGGUAACAUACAUCAGAAGGCGUUUCCACGUAGAGGAUUACAUCGCGACGAAGGACGUGCCUCAGGACGCGUACGCUCGCGUGCUUCACUUCGUUCUGAUGCCGAUCUUCUCCAUUCACCUGCGCCACCUCUUCUCCGAAACGAUGCGUCUCAGCGGGCUGAUCGUCUUUUAUUAUCGACUGACUGGGAACGCGUUGAGCGCGCUGACGCGCGCGCAACCACUCGCGAUUUGCUUGACCGCCAUGGUGCACGUCCGUCCCCGACGAAGGAUCGAGUACAGGUUUCGGGGGCUCACGGAAACCGAUGAACCGGACACAAACAGGGAACCGUUCUCGCUCUUCAUGACCACGCCGAGAAUAAUAACAAGCGGCAAUCUGAUUUUCGACACGAAGAUCGUUGUGAUAGGGGCUUCGGAUUGUGGCGUAGCUGUCCUGGAACAGCUUGCUUUCGGGUCCACUCACGAUUCCACUCGAUUCGCGAAUCUGACGGUUAUAUCGCCGAAUGGUUUGCCGUUUGAGAAUGAACGAAGCCCUAUGGUCGCGAGUAUGAUGCCAUUUUAUGGACGGAUCGACGACGAUCCGUUAUCGUCUCUGGUUGAAUACUUAAUUGGCCGUGUGAUCGAUAGGAAGGGGAAGUAUGUGACGGUGAUGCGUCAGGGAAACGUCGCGUACGACUACUUGAUCGUGACUUGCGGAUUACAGUAUCAGAUGCCGCAGUUCGAGGCGGAGCUGGACGCGCAAAGGACAGGCGUGCAAGAUUCUCUAGAAUUGAAUAUACAGAGUGUCCCAAUUAGCCCAUGGAAAAUUUAUAUUUGCAUAAACAUCCGCGGUCCAGUUAUGAAAUUCGUACGAAUAUUCGCAAGUAUGCUUUUCUCUGCGUGCAGAGAGUUUGUGGAUCGCGGGCCACCGUGGAACUGUCUGGUUCUAAACGACGACACGCAGGCGGCCAUGUGUCUGAACAAAAUCCAGUUGUUGACGAACAACUUCGAGGACCAAAAGAGUAUUAUUUUAUACGGACGGAACAUCGAUUGCUACUGCGCUCUUCAAGGAUUGCUCGAGUCCGGAAUGGAUGGUUCUUGGAUCACGUUGAUUGAGCCGCCGAUGGAUCAGUGUGAUUCACACGACAGCAUUUUCUACAACGAUUGCGAGGUGCACGCGGUAGUGAUGAACGCGAUAUCGAUCAGCGGCGUGACGAUCCUCGCGGAAUGGGAAUUGGUCGACUGGUAUCUGAGGGAAUCAACGGAAGGGACAAUAAUAGAAGCGCUCGUGUUACCUUUCUGUCGAGCUGGACUGAUGUUCGACGGUCAACUGGUGAUAGAUCCGGAGUUCAGGACGAACGAUCCGUUCAUCUUCGCCGCUGGUACCGGCACCAAGUACAGUAGAAGGUUCAGCGCGGAGGCCUGGCAGCAUAAAUAUUACAACAGCAUAGAAAUCGGCGAGAGACUCGCGAAAGUUCUGCGAUCGAUCAUCGACGAACAGAACGUUGAGACAGCUGCGACGACGACGUCGAAGCCCAAGAAGCAAAAGACGGCGUUUCCGUCCUUUCGAUCCGGUCACGUCGUCGCCUGCACGCUGCCCGGUGGCUAUCGUUAUCUCCACGUUCACACGCCUGGCAAACACGGUACCCAACAAAAACGGGUGCUUCAUCGGGAAUUUUAUGGUACCGACAUGGUCACUGGUAGCUGUGAGUCCGAUAUCGGCUACUUCCGUCUGCGUCUGAGCUGCUACGACACCGUGAAAAUGAUCACCUGUUUGAGCAAAAAGGAUUUCGAAGUCCAUCAAAUGAUUAAGUUGUACGGGAUGCACGAGAAACUGUUGAACGAAUUGAAGACGCGAUUCCAAAAAUCGUUGAUCUCGGACUUCUACGCGUACUUCCGAGAACCGUGGGCAACGGCGCUCUUCUACGACCGAUUCGACUGUCUUCGGGUGGAGAACCGAGCCCUUUUGUUAUCUAAAACGGCGAUUCCUGGUCAGUCCUUGAUCGACGACUGCAUCAGUGCUCUGACCAAGUCCAAAUGGGAGCCAAUGCAGGAGAUGGAUCGACGCAGCAUCGAGGCGAGAUACGCCGGCUCGGUGUACCACCAGGAGCUCGAGGAUAAUCUUCUGGACUUCCUGCAGUUCUACGAGGAGGACAUGCCCGUUUACUGCACGCCUGAUAAGCUGCACGAAUUAUACGACGACGUCGAGUACAGUCCCCUGUACACGGAGCUUUGA